AUGGGACUAUCCUAUUUCCUCUACUUCCUUAGCACCAAGUCCCUCCAGGUUGCAGUCUUCAGAUAUGUCUAGACUGAGGCUGCUUGAAAGGUGAACACACAGGAACACACAGGACGCCCUGCUCUAUAUGUCUGUGCCCUGCUUAGUUUAGUUUUUUUUUUUUCCCUCCAAUAUUCGUACCCCUUUCUCCAUCUGAUUUCUCUUGGUUUAGCCCUUGAAAAAAAAUUAAGAUAUUUAAAUACUUUAUGUGUAUGAGUGUAUUGCCUGUAUGUGUGUAAAUGCACCAUGUGCAUUCAGUGCCCAUGUAGGUAAGAAGAGGGGGGUCGGAUAUCCUGGAACUGGGUUACAGAUGGUUGUUAGCCGUCAUGUGGCUGCUGGGAACCAAACCCAGGUCCUCUGCAAGAGCCGCUAGUGCUUUUAACAGCUGAACCAUCUCUCUGGGCCACUCCCUUGAAAAUUUUUUGACUUAGGUUCAAAAGACAGCAGUCAUCUCCUAAAUUCAUUCUCUCAGCUCUCAGUCUUCUGCAUUAUUGUGUUUUCUUUAAUCAUCCUGACUCCUCUCACCCAGUUCUGUUGUUUAGUCUUGGCACUGUGAUCACCUCUGUUCCCUCAACCUCUCCCGAGUGUCACUCAAGCGUUUUCUUCCCUCUGAGGCCUGUCUCAAUCCACCUGUAAGAAGGUGCAGCCCUGAGUCUAGCUACUCUACUCUCUUAUUUUUUUGCUUUUGAGUUCUCAUGCCAUGACAUCCUCUGGCUUACUAAUGGUGUGAGGUGUGUGUUUCCUCACGGCCUGUGAAUGUGCUGAGAACAGGGCAUCAUUUACUGUUUUGCCUACUGUGGCAGUGUUCCUGGUGUUGUCUGUGGGACUUGGUGAGAAAGCAAUGCUCUGCAAGUGUUUGUUGAAUGAAUGAAUGAGAGCUACUUCUGGCGGAGUGCAUUAGGAGUCCUGGUUAGGAAUCCAGCCUCAUGCAUUCAUUUCAGGCAUCGCUCUGCGCUUUAUUAGUGGAGCUAAUGAGCCACACUGCUCGCUGAUCUUUCACCAUGGGUCUUUCUUGUGCGUCAGUCCCUGCAGAUAAUGGUAUUGCUGAGAAUUCACCCUUUCAGCUGAGCUACAGGUAGCCUAGUGGUGAGAAUCUGGUGAGUUCCAUUUGACAGGUAGAGGCCACUGCUGGGUACUUGCAGACCAAAUCAUUUGCAGAGUGUGGGUCCAUAGUAUGUAAUUAGUUCCCCAUGUGAUCUUAGUUCUGUUGGAUAGGGGUUGACUAGUUUUAGAACUCUUAUUUAGAAAAUGACUUGCAUGCAAACACUGCAUGGUGAUGGAGCUCUUAGUUCUAGGAAGUGGCCUCUGCACCUCUUCCCUCCAUGGCCUCCCUGGUGGCUUAUGAUGAUUCUGACUCAGACACAGAGUCAGAAACGGCCGGAAGUGGGAGUGCUCCUGGCCAGGCGAAUGAUGCUUCUGGUGAGACCAGACCUCCUGGGCAGGUGUUUGCAUCUGGUGUGACAAAAGAGGAGGCAGAGCACAGAGGGAACAGUCCUUGUGAAGACCGUGGGGAGCAUCGCCUGCCAUUGGCUUGGCUCUGGAAAAGUGACCCAGGAUCUUGUCCCAGCCAACGACUACAGUGGCCUGCGAGGGAGCCUGAUAAUGCCUUUCCCACCAACGAGCCUCCUCGCCCUUCUCUGUGGAUGAACCGAGCUCCGGCUGGCCAUGUGCCCCUGGCAGCUGCCUGCUUAAAGCCAGUCAAACCUGCCUGGGACUCUUUCAGAUCAUCUCCACAUGCUCAAAACAAAACUGAAAUCACAGCUAGAAACCCCAGCUCUUUUCAGAAGAAAAGAGGUGAAGAUUGUGUGGUUCCAUAUACCCCCAAGAGACUGAGGCACCUGCAGGUACCGAGUCCAGAAGCAGGUGGGGGCAAAGAUGUGGACCCCCAGGGAACCCCUGUAGGGUGUGCCCCAGCCCCUCUCUGUGUGGCUCCCACAGUGUCCGAGUUGAUUCAACCAUAUUUGAACAGUCAGUACAGAGAGACCAAAGUCCCCAGGAAAGUGCUUUUCCAUCUGCGAGGCCACAGGGGCCCCGUCAACGGCAUUCAGUGGUGCCCAGUCCUUUCCAGGAGUCAUAUGCUUCUCUCCAGUUCCAUGGAUAAAACCUUCAAGGUGUGGAAUGCUGUGGACUCAGGGCGUUGCUUGCAGACCUACGCCCUACACAGUGAGGCGGUGCGGGCUGCACGGUGGUCUCCUUGUGGCCAGCGGAUCCUCAGCGGUGGCUUUGACUUUGCCCUGCACCUAACAGACCUCGAAACAGGAACCCAGGUAUUUAGUGGCCAGAGCGACUUCAGAAUCACCACCUUGAAAUUUUAUCCCAAAGAUCACAGCAUCUUUUUAUGUGGAGGCUUCAGCUCCGAAAUCAAAGCUUGGGACAUAAGGACUGGCAAGGUAGUAAGAGGCUACAAGGCAACAAUCCAGCAGACCUUGGACAUUCUCUUCCUCCAUGAAGGCUCUGAGUUCCUGAGCAGCACUGAUGCAUCCACCCGAGACUCUGCUGACCGAACUAUUAUUGCCUGGGACUUCCGGACCUCUGCCAAAAUCUCCAACCAGAUUUUCCAUGAGAGGUAUACCUGCCCCAGCCUUGCCUUACACCCGAGGGAGCCUGUGUUCCUGGCACAAACCAAUGGCAACUACCUGGCCCUCUUCUCUGCUGUGUGGCCCUACCGGAUGAGUAGACGACGGCGCUAUGAAGGACACAAGGUAGAAGGCUAUGCUGUAGGCUGUGAGUGCUCCCCAUGUGGUGACCUGCUGGUGACAGGCAGUGCCGAUGGCCGGAUCCUGAUGUUCAGCUUCCGCACUGCCAGUCGGGCGUGCAUGCUGCAAGGGCACACUCAGGCCUGCCUUGGCACCACCUACCACCCUGUGCUGCCCUCUGUCCUUGGCACCUGCUCCUGGGGAGGCGACAUCAAGAUCUGGCACUGACGCUGGCAGCUGAGACCCUGCCUCCUGGGGUGGGUGGUGUGCACUGAGGCUGGCUGGAGGUCAGGCCUGGGCGGAGGCUGUCCUCAUGGCUGCUGGGUCUCAGUGACUUCAUCUGUGCAAGAGGGUGAGAAUCUGUCUCAGGAUGUGAGGACUGUUAGUAAAGACAUUUGCCAAAUGGAUGGGGCUGCCCAUUAAA